AUGGCAAUUGACGAUGUCGCCACCCUCGAUGCCUCGAAGGAGAAUUGGACUAUUGUGGCAAAGGGUCAUAAGAUUCACGCUUCGGUAAGAAAGACUCUUAUAUACCGAUUCCAAUCUUUGCUAAGUGAAGGUCGGGUAUAUCAUAUUUCAUUUUUUGGUGUUGGUGAAAGCGGUCGUGACUUCCGUCCAACCUCGCAUCCAUGGAAAAUCAACUUUGACAUUCAUACUUCUGUGAGAUUGGUUCCCAACAAGGCGAUAAAUUUAAGCCCUUAUUCUUUUGUGCCACUCUCUGAUAUAAUUUCUAAGGACCUUGAUACAUCUUUUCUUAUAGGGAUAGGGUUGAAUGUGCCUUUUUUUGGCAAGUAUGUUGCGAAAAUCGUAGGUUAUCUUGCAUCGGGAGAUGCAACAAAUACUGUUGUGGUGGUGCAAUGUGCAAAGAUCAAGCCUUUUAAAGGUAAGACAAGUCUCCAAAAUGUUUAUGGGGCUACAAAGGUUCUUUUUAAUCCUCGCAUACAAGAAGCUGCCACUCUCCGAGCUCGGUUCUUGGAAUCAAAUGAUAUUGCUGCACAAGUGAUUAGCCCGCUGCAGGACUCGGCAGAAAAAUCUACCCCUGAAGAUGAUUUCCUAAAACUUAGUGAUGGGAAAACCAUUGAGCAACUCAAAGAUUUUGCUGAGGUAUACUUUUGA